AUGGCGUCAGCUAUUUCCGCCGCCGCUAGCUCUAUAAUCACAUUCAGCCACAGUCGCACCGUCGCGGUGGUUUCGCGCGCGGAUUCCCGCCAUUCUUCCAUGAUAUCCGCUCGUGGUGCUACAUCCGCGCGGCUACAGCCCUACACCCCCCAACUGGGCCGCCCGGGCUACAGCGAGAGCCUUUCCAGCCGGCAAUUCACCCUGCGCCGGUCGCUCGCGGAGCGGAAAGCAUUCCGCGGAAUUGCAGCCUCGCGCGGAACAGUCUCCUCAAGGAAGGCUGUUAUGGUUUCCGCCAUCCGCGGCGGCGGCGGCGGAGGCGGCGGCGGAAGCGGAGGGGACGACGUGACGGAAUGGUGGGAGCGCGAGGAGAGGCGCUGGGAGCGCGAGCAGCAGCGGUGGGAGCGGGAAGAGCUGCGGUGGGAGCGCGAGGAAGCGCGGUGGGCGCGCGAGCGCGCUUCCCUCGAAGCGGAGAUCGCGGCGCUCGAAGCGGAAGUGGAAUCUCUCCGCGCCGCGCUCACAAGCGCGGGGGGAGGGGGGCUGGCGCAGAGCCCCACCCCCCUCCUCCCCCAGGCGCAGGCGCAGCUGGCGGAAGCGGUAGGCGGGGAAAUAGGCGGAGGAUUAGGGGGAGCCGGGGGAGUGGGGAGUGAUCUAUCGAAGCAGCAGCUGCUGGUGCUGCUGCGGGGACUAACGCACCUGCUACAGAUAACUACGGAUAGCCACCGAGCCAGCGAGGUAGCCACGUCAGCAGCAAUUCCCACGUCAUCAGGAGUGAUUGCUGGCGCAGGUGCGGAGAGCCUGCUACAGCUGUUGGGGCCAACGGCUUCAUCUACGGGUAGUGCUACAGCUGGAGGAGCUACAGCCGUUGAUGGUGUUAGAUCUACGGCUGGUGUUGCAGGAGCAACUGCAGAGGAAAUUUUGAGGAACGUUCCCGAUGCUGACAUCAUCGCGGCUGUGGCGUCGCGCACAGUGAACCCGCUCCCUGCUGACGUGGACGAGGGCGGCGCUGACGUGGCAGGGGGCGCAGGGAAACAGGAGGAAGGCGCGAGAAAGGUUCAGCGGAAGCUGAAUCGGGGGCUGUAUGGAGAUGACGUGGCUCAACUGCAGGCUGCGUUGGCCAUUCAGGGGUUCUACUGUGGGGAGGAGGAGGAGGAUGCGUCCUUUGGUUUGCUCCCUCACUCCUUGUGUGUGUUCUUAUAUGAAACCAUGUGCCUGCAGGCUGCGUUGGCCAUUCAGGGGUUCAAGUGUGGGGAGGAGGAGGAGGAGGAGGAGGAGGAGGAGGAGGAGGAGGAGGAGGAGGAGGAGGAGGAGGAGGAGGAGGAGGAGGAGGAGGAGGAGGAGCAGGAGGAGGAGGAGGAGGAGGAGGAGGAGGAGGAGGAGGAGGAGGAGGAGGAUGGGUCCUUUGGUUUGCUCUCUCACUCACUGUGUGUGUUCUUGUGUGAAACCAUGCGCUCGCAGGCUGCUUUGGCCCGCCAGGGGUUCUACUGUGGGGAGGAGGACGAGGAGGAUGAGUUUUUUGGCGCCAACACUGAGAGUGCUGUCAAGACGGAUUGCCACACCUUUUUGUGCUUCCUCCUUGCCUGCUUCUGGUCUUGGGUGCUACCGCCUUUCCCUCGACUCUGGCUCACUCCCUCCUUCACUCCCUCCUUCACUCCCUCCUUCACUCCCUCCUUCACUCCCUCCUUCACUCCCUCCUUCACUCCCUCCUUCACUCCCUCCUUCACUCCCUCCUUCACUCCCUCCUUCACUCCCUCCUUCACUCCCUCCUUCACUCCCUCCUGCACUCCCUCCUUCACUCCCUCCUUCACUCCCUCCUUCACUCCCUCCUUCACUCCCUCCUUCACUCCCUCCUUCACUCCCUCCUUCACUCCCUCCUGCACUCCCUCCUUCACUCCCUCCUUCACUCCCUCCUUCACUCCCUCCUUCACUCCCUCCUUCACUCCCUCCUUCACUCCCUCCUUCACUCCCUCCUUCACUCCCUCCUUCACUCCCUUCUUCACUCCCUCCUUCACUCCCUCCUUCACUCCCUCCUUCACUCCCUCCUUCACUCCCUCCUUCACUCCCUCCUUCACUCCCUCCUUCACUCCCUCCUUCACUCCCUCCUUCACUCCCUCCUUCACUCCCUCCUUCACUCCCUCCUUCACUCCCUCCUUCGCUCCCUCCUUCGCUCCCUCCUUCACUCCCUCCUUCACUCCCUCCUACACUCCCUCCUUCACUCCCUCCUUCACUCCCUCCUUCACUCCCUCCUUCACUCCCUCCCUCCUUCACUCCCUCCUUCACUCCCUCCUUCACUCCCUCCUUCACUCCCUUUUUCACUCCCUCCUUCACUCAACCUGUGAGGCUCGCGUGAGUUCUGUCUUGAUGGACCGCACGGGCAACUCCCCGCUGCGACUCUCCUCCUUCCAUUACUCGCUCCUAAAGGCAGCCAGGCAGCUUCAGCAAGAUGGCAUCGUCACACCACAGCCCUCCUACCCCUUAUCCCCUUAUCCCGUUAUCCCCUUCUCCACUUUCACUCCCCAUGACUUUUGA